AUGGCGGGNAGCCCGGUGUUCCCCGCGACAGCGAUUGGCAAUGAGCUGCUUGAUCCACGUGAUCCGUGCGUGGAAUGGCGGGAGUACUAUUCUUUGGAACUUAGCAAACCGUACUACCAUAAUGUUUUAAUGCAUACGACGACAUUUGAGGUGCCGACUGGCUUCCUAACACGCUUUCCAUUGUUUCACCGUCGCCACGGGCUUGGUGUCACUGAGGAGGGCCGUGUCUUCCGACGAGCUGCCGCCAGCAGUAGCGGUGAAUCGGGCAAUAGUUCGGCAGGAGGAGCUGAGGGCGCUGGCGGUGCGUCAGCAGCCCCACCCUGCGAAGGCGGGUCACCAGGUUCUUCGUCAUCAUCAACGGCGCCAUCGGGUGGUUCGCUCACGUUGAAGCAGAAGUUGGCAGCAUACGGCGGUGGUGGACUUAUUUUGUAUCUCAUUGUCCACAACGUGCUGCUUGCCAUGAUCUUCUUUUCGCUCUACUUCCUGCAUAUGGAUCUGGUAGGUUUCGCCCGAUCGUAUGGAUUUAAUAUAAUGAGUGAGAAGCCCGCACUCGCCGCUGAUGAGGACGGUGUUGCCCCUGUCAAGAAGUAUCCGUCGUUCUGGGCUACAUUAGGCAUUUCGAUUGUGUUGAACAAGAUGUUGGUGCCGCUGGAGCUUGCGGUGACGCUCAUGAUGGCGCCUGUUUUCGUCCCUCGUCUGCAGCCCUUUGCCUCUCAGUUCAUUCCGCGUGUUAAGGCCAUGGCGCGUAAUUUCAAAAUGGGCUGA